AUGAUGCACAACAAGAGAACAACAACCAACUCUUCUUCAUCUGUUGAGACUGUUGUUGAAUCAACAAAUUCAUCAAAAAUCAAUCAUGAUAUUGCAGCUGAAACAGAUGAUUCCUCUCUUCCGACAAGUUCCAACAACAAGAUCCAUUAUGCACCAUUCGUUGAUGACAUUAUUUAUGAAAUUCUUUCCUUCCUUGAAUCAUUAUUGAUUAUUCGAAUUUGUAUGAAAAUUUCAAAACAAUGGAGACAAGUAUCCUUUCAAAUUCCACUCUCAUUCGAAUCAAAACUCCCCAAACUACUCUGUCCAUCGAACUUGAAACUUUUAGCUCAUUGUGAAUGUUUAAAGAAUUUGACUUGUCUGAGUCUGGGUGACGCUAUGAUGACUCGCAAAUAUUAUCAAGUUCAUACGGAAUUGAGCAAUGAAUGCGUCAAAUAUAUUGCUACUAGUGAAUAUUUGAAUAAUUUGACAUGUUUAAAACUAUGCAGUGGUCAAAUUGACCAUGAAGGUGCAGAAUAUAUUGCUACAAGUAAAUGUUUCAAGAAUUUGACUUGUUUGGAUCUGAGUGGCAAUCAAAUUACGAAUGAAGGAGUCAGAUGUUUGGCUGAUAGCGAAUAUUUGACGAAUUUGACUUGUUUGAAUCUGGAUGGAAACCAAAUUUCAAAUGACGGUGUUCGUUGUUUGGCUAAUAGUGAAUAUAUUAAGAAUUUAACUUCUUUGAGUCUAUAUCUCAACAAUAUUGGUGAUGAAGGUGUCAUUGAAAUGGCUACAAGUGAAUGUUUGAAAAAUUUGACUUGUUUGGAUCUGCAUCUCAAUCAAGUUGGUGAUGAAGGUAUCAAGUUUAUUGUUGCAUGUUUGAAGAAUUUGACUUGUUUGAGUCUAUAUUUCAACAAAAUUACUGACGAAGGUGUCAAAUAUAUUGCAACAAGUGAACAAAUGAAGAAGUUAACUUCUUUGGAUCUGAGUAGCAAUCAAAUUAUUGGGGAUGAAGGUUUCAAAUAUAUUGCGACAAAUGGAUGUUUGAAGAGCUUGACUUGUUUGAAUCUGGAUGAAAACCAAAUUAACAAUGAAGGUGUCAGAUGUUUGGCUGAUAGUGAAUGUUUGAAAAAGUUGACUUAUUUACAUCUGUACUCCAAUCAAAUUGGUGAUGAAGGUGUCAAAUAUAUUGCUACAAGUGAAUGGUUGAAGAAUUUGGUUUAUUUGGAUUUGAGUAGCAAUCAAAUUGGUGAUGAAGGCGUCAAACAUAUUGCUGCUAGUGAGUGUUUGAAGAAUUUGACAUCUUUUAAUCUGAAUUCCAAUCACAUUGGCCAUGGAGGUGUCAAAUAUAUUGCCACAAGUGCAUGUUUGAAGAAUAUGACUUUUUUGGAUCUACAUCUCAAUCAAAUUGGUGAUGAAGGCGCCAAAUAUAUUGCUACAAGUGAAUGGCUGAAGAAUUUGACGUGCUUGAAUCUGAGUAGCAAUCAAAUUGGUGAUGAAGGUGUCAAGUAUAUUGCUACAAGCGAAUAUUUGAAGAAUAUGACUACUUUGAGCCUGAGUUGCAAUCAAAUUGGUGAUGAAAGCGCCAAAUAUAUAACUACAAGCGCAUGUUUGAGGAACAUAACGUCUUUGAACCUUAGUCACAAUCAAAUUGGCAAUGAAGGAAAGGAAAUGAUUCGAAACAACAAAUAUCAAUAUCUUGCAAUAUAA